GCACGCUGCUGCCCGCCCGCGCGGGGGGGGGUGGAAGAAGGGAGGUCACCCGGCCGCCCUCCGCCUGACAGGACCGGGACGCCGCUGCCGCCGCCGCCGCCUCGAAGGCCGGGAUGUGGCGGGUGCUGGCCAGGCGCCUGCUGGCGUGUCAGGGCGCGGCCCCGCGCGGGGCUCGAGUGCCGGGGGCGGAGGGGGCUUCCCGGGGCCGCGCCUGGGCUGCUGGGCCGCCGCCGCCCCCUCCUGGGGGUCCCGAAGGGGAGGGGUCCCCGCCCCGCUCCUGCCCCCCCGCUGCUGCGCCCCCGCGGCCCCGCCGCCACUGGUGCAGCCUCCCGCCCCACCAGAAGGUGCCUUUGCCUGCCCUCUCCCCCACCAUGCAGAUGGGGACCAUUGCGCGCUGGGAGAAGAAAGAAGGGGAGAAGAUCAACGAGGGAGACCUGAUUGCGGAGGUAGAGACGGACAAAGCAACCGUGGGGUUUGAGAGCCUGGAAGAAUGCUACCUGGCCAAGAUCCUGGUCUCCGAAGGAACGCGGGAUGUUCCCAUCGGAUCUGUCAUCUGCAUCACCGUGGACAAGCCUGAAUUUAUUGGCGCCUUCAAGGAUUAUACUUUGGAUUCCGCAGCUGCUGCCCCACCGGCUUCAGUGCCGCCCCCACCACCUCCUCCCCCAGCAGCUUCCCCAAAACCAGCAGCUCAGCCAUCUGCACAAGCGCCAGGCAGCUCCUAUCCUCCCCAUAUGCAGAUUCUUCUCCCUGCCCUCUCUCCCACGAUGACCAUGGGCACCGUUCAGAGGUGGGAAAAGAAAGUGGGCGAGAAGCUGAGCGAAGGAGAUUUAUUGGCAGAGAUUGAGACAGACAAAGCCACCAUAGGCUUUGAAGUGCAAGAAGAAGGUUACCUAGCGAAGAUCUUGAUCGAAGAAGGUACCCGAGAUGUCCCCUUGGGAACCGCCCUCUGCAUCAUUGUGGAGAAGGAGUCCGACAUUCCUGCUUUCGCAGACUACAGAGAUGCUGGGAUCGCGGAUAUCAAGCCUCCGGUGCCCCCACCGCCUCUGCCCCCAAGCCCUGUACCUGCUUCAGCCCAGCCUGCGGCCUCCUCAGUCAAGGCUCCUGCGCAUAAAGGGAGGAUCAUCGUGAGCCCUCUGGCAAGGAAACUAGCCGCAGAGAGAGGGAUCGAUCUCUCGCAGGUGAAAGGUACAGGGCCAGAUGGACGGAUCACCAAGAAGGACAUUGACUCAUUCGUCCCAUCUAAAGUUGUCCCGGCCCGGCCCCCAGAUGCGGUUCCUCUGGCUGCGCCAGCUCCUGCAGCUGCCCCCACAGGUGUCUUUACUGAUAUUCCCAUUAGUAAUAUUCGAAAGGUGAUUGCCCAGCGUUUGAUGCAGUCUAAGCAAACAAUACCUCACUAUUAUCUCUCUGUUGAUGUCAACAUGGGAGAAAUAUUGGUGCUGAGGAAAGAGCUCAACCAGGAGAUGCCACAGAAUACCAAGCUGUCAGUCAACGACUUCAUUAUUAAAGCUUCGGCUCUGGCAUGUUUGAAGGUGCCUGAAGCGAAUUCUUCGUGGUUAGAAACAGUCAUUAGGCAAAAUCACGUAGUUGAUGUAAGCGUGGCGGUCAGUACUCCAGCAGGGCUUAUAACGCCAAUUGUAUUUAAUGCACACACCAAGGGCUUGGCCUCCAUUAACCAAGAUGUCGUGACGUUGGCCGGCAAAGCGCGGGAAGGCAAGCUUCAGCCCCACGAGUUCCAGGGAGGAACCUUCACAGUCUCAAAUUUAGGAAUGUACGGCAUUAAGAAUUUUUCGGCCAUAAUCAAUCCACCGCAGGCUUGUAUCUUGGCGGUCGGUGGCUCUGAGAGAAGGCUUGUGCCAGCAGAUAAUGAAAAAGGGUUUGAUGUGGCCAGCGUCAUGUCGGUGACCCUCAGCUGUGACCACCGUGUAGUGGACGGGGCCGUGGGGGCCCAGUGGCUCGCAGAGUUCAAGAGAUUCCUGGAAAAACCAGCCACGAUGCUGCUAUAGUUUUCUCAAGGACUUUGGCGACCUAAUCGCUUCAUUCUAAAGAAGCUAUUUAUAUAUCGAAGGGUUAGACUUUUAAAAAGAAAAAUGUUUCCUCCUUUUAUUUUUUAAAAAAAGAAGUCUAUAUAAACAGCGGCUGGUGAUUUUGAAUUACCAGCUAUAGAGAUUUAAAGGUUCUGCAGGUGGCCUUCCGAAGCCAAGUACCGCUGCGCUAUAUCGGAUUGAGUGGGUGGAUUGGCAAACUUUCCCCAGUUGUCGAAAAUAAUCAUGUGUUGUAAUGCUUCUGAUCACAACGGUGCAGGGUAUCCUAGCCUCCCACCCCCACCAGCUAGCUGGCUCGCCCUUCAUUUUCAAUAAAACCAGGGAUUUGAGAUGAAAUAUGGAAAAAAAAAGUAAACCGUAGAUUUGGGACAAUUUAAAUUUUCAGCAGAAAAAAGAGUUAGCCUUCCACCUUCGUUCUAAAUACUGCAAAAAUAAACUAAAAUUAAAUGGUGUCACCUGGAGUACAACAGAACAGUUGACCUUCUAACUUUGCAAAAUUGUAAGUCAGUCAGCUGUAAGUCAGACUUUCUAGCAACAGGGAAUCCUUUUAGCACACAGCAAGAGAAAAGGAACGUUUGAGUCAGACCACCCUUUGAAACCCUUCUGAUAAUUUUGCCUUACGUUGAGUUUCUGUAAUUUAAGCAUGUCUUGUUUUGCUUCCUUUCUAGGUCAGUAAACGCUGUUUUACUCCCAAACAGAAGUCAUUUGUUAAGGGAACUGGUGAAGCUGGGGUCAGUUAAAGAUAGGCAACCUAUGGACUCCUUACAGGCCCCUCCCCCAUAGGUCCCUCCUCCCCCUGUUUAAUGGUCUAGACUGGGCAGACUGGGGCUGUUGUCUCAUUGAGAGGAACGUGAGAGCGCAGUUCCAUCAUUUAAAUAAGGGCUGCACGCAGGAAUGUGGAAAAAAAUCUUUCCUUCCUACCACGUUUGAGAGUGCAGUUUUGUGAAAUGUCCCAUCCCACACGGGAAGCCGCUGGUUCCCCUGCAAAAUGGGCUGUCUUAAGCAUGAAGCACUCCAGAAGUUCUCAAAAUCAGCCUGUCUCGCAGCUGCACCCGGUAUUUGAAAUGGGACGCCGACCUCAGAAUAGCUGAAAUGAGAACUAAUUGUAUGAAAGAAGGAAAAAAAACCCCAAUGCCUUGUGAUCAAGUGGCCCAGCCAGGUGUGAAUUAGCUGUGCUUGGAUUCCGCUGAAAUCAGGAGGACAAUUGGGCACGGCCAUUUCAGAUUCCAAGUUAUCCAGAACUAAUUUACAGGAUUUGAUGGCUAAUCUGGAACAGCUUUGCUUUCUUGUCCAUCCAAGGCUUAAGAGCAACAGAAUUUCACAAGUCGUAAAUUUGUAAACAUCUUUGCUAGAAAUGAGAUUUCUUCAAAAUGGGGCCCAGUCACGGUUUUAGGUAUGGGAAAUGCCUCUUUUGCUUGCCAAGGAAAAAAAGCUGAUUUUAAAAGGUGGAUCAUGUCAUGGUUAAGUGGUGUGACCUGAACAGCCGAGUAGACCAUUAACCGAUACACCCCAUGUUAAUCUGUACAUCACCACUUCAUUCAAUAUUGUCUCUUUGUCAAUUUACGCUACCGAAUCCACUACAAAUAUAUAUACAUGCAAUUAAAUAUUUUUUUUCUGAGAACCAAUUUGUUGAGUUUGGUUGUAAUUCAACCCUUUGGUAAGAAAAGUGCUUUUAAAAUAUCUUAAUUUAGUUACAAAUUGGCAUUAAAAGUUUGAUGUUCUUUGGACUGCUA